UCAAAGGGGAAGGAGCCCCUAUAAAACAGCCCUCGGUGGGCAGCCCGCCUGCAGACCGCGGGUCAGGGCGGAGAGAGAGCCUUCUGCCACCAUGAACUUCUCCGGCAGGUUCCAGCUGCAGAGCCAGGAGAACUUUGAGGCCUUCAUGAAGGCUGUUGGGCUGCCCGACGACCUCAUCCAGAAGGGGAAGGACAUCAAGGGGGUCACGGAAAUCGUGCAGGAUGGGAAGCACUUCAAGCUCACCAUCUCCACCGGCUCCAAAGUGAUCCAGAACGAGUUCAACCUGGGGGAGGAGUGCGAGCUGGAGACCAUGACCGGGGACAAGGUCAAGGCAGUGGUUCGAUUGGAAGGUGACAACAAGCUGGUGACAAAUUUCAAAGGCAUCACAUCCGUGAGUGAGCUCAACGGUGACACCAUGGUCAGCACCAUGACAUUGGGUGACAUUGUCCUCAAGAGAGUCAGCAAGAGAAUUUAGAUGCAUCUGCACUGCAUGUUCUUUUACCGUGUAAAAUUAGUGUAAUAAAGUGAACUUUGUUUUAAAAAAUCAA